UUCUUAACAUUGCCUACAAGAUCAGUUGCCAUGGCGUUUGCACCGGCUGUCAAAGCAGCUUAUUGGCCUUCAGAUUCAACCUUCCCACCAUCAGCCAUAGAUACAUCCUUGUUUUCUCAUAUUCACUGUGCUUUUCUCAUGCCAAGCAACGUCACCUACAAGUUCGAAAUAUCAAAUUCAACAGCCCUACUGAUGUCAAAAUUUACUACCACCCUGGGCCACAUGAAUCCUCCGCCCGCAACCCUUUUCUCUAUCGGCGGUGGCGGUUCCGAUUCCCUUCUAUUUUCUCGCAUGGCUUCAAAGCCAAAGUCACGUAAAGCUUUCAUAGCUUCAGCUAUGGAGGUGGCACGAAAGUUUGGGUUUGAUGGGAUGGACUUGGACUGGGAAUACCCCAACAACCCGAAAGAUAUGAAGAACUUAGGUCAUUUGUUCAAGGAAUGGCGACGAGCUAUCAAAGUUGAGGCUAAAGUAACAUGCCGAGCACCUCUACUUCUCACGGCGGCCGUGUACUUCUCAGUUGAGGUUAACUUGAAUGGAGUCUACCGAAAAUACCCAGCGAACUCUAUGGAUAAAAAUCUGGAUUGGGUUAACGUAAUGUGUUUCGAUUAUCAUGGAGGAUGGAACACUUCAGUGACAGGAGCUCAUGCAGCGCUUUAUGACUCGAGCAGUAAUGUGACUACGAGUUAUGGGCUUAGAUCAUGGAUCAAAGCUGGGGUGGCUAGAAGCAAGCUAGUUAUGGGACUACCACUUUAUGGAAGAAGUUGGCAACUAAAGGAUCCAAGUUUUCAUGAGAUUGGAUCAGCCGCUGUUGCAGUAGGGCCAGGAGAUAACGGAACGAUGACAUUUCUGGAGAUAGAGGAGUUCAAUAAGAAGAACGGUGCCAUUGUAGUACAUGACAUGGACAGUGUAUCGACAUAUUCUUAUGUUGGUUCAUCUUGGGUUGGAUAUGAUGAUGAUAUAACAGCGACGUUGAAGAUUGGGUUUGCACAAGCACUUGGAAUUCGUGGCUAUUUCUUUUGGGCUCUAGGCUCUGAUAGUGAGUGGAAAAUCUCUAAACAAGCUUCAAGAGCGUGGAUUCUUGAUGAAUGAAGAUUGAAGCUUGCUUGGUCUCUUUAGUACUACCAGAAUGAAACUGUUGUGAUAAAAAAAAACAUGGUUUAAAACUAUAUAUCA